AGGGGGCGCAGCGCCCCGCCGUGGGAGGAGGGCCGCGUGCCGCGUCUGCGGGAAGGAGCCGGGAGCGAGCCGGAGCCGAGGCGAGGAACCGAGAGGCCCGUGGAGCCGCGCGGGGAACGCCCGGGCGUAGCUGAGCCGGAGGCCGCGGCUGCGCGGCCCACGGGCCCGGCCUGGCACCGAGGUAGUCGUGCGCUGUACAGAAGCGGAGGAGCGAGGCGCCGCGGCCUGAGUGAGAAUCAAUGAAAAGAACAUGACUUUUGGAGGCAGAAGACUUAGUUUCACAUCCCUACUUCACUUCCUAAUUUUGUGAUUUGGACAGAGCAUGAGCAGGGGAGGGGCAGAGAGAGAGGGAGACACAGAAUCCCAAGCAGGCUCCAGGCUCUGAGCUGUCAGCACAGAGCCCGACGCGGGGCUCGAACCCACAGACUGCGAGAUCAUGACCUGAGUGGAAGUCGGGUGCUCAACUGACUGAGCCACCCAGGCAUCCCUACAUUAACAGUAUUUUAGAUAUCAUUACAUACCUGUGGAUCUAGAGCUUUCUCAUUUUUGUAGGUGUUACCUGACUCUCUUCACAAUGCUGUGUCGGAAUUGGGGCUCAGGCAACUGGCGCAAGAAAAUGCUGAUAAUCUGAAAAUGCUGCUCCUGGUAAAUAUCUAAUGCAAGAUGUUGACAUUGAAAACUUGGAUAGUGCAAGCGUUGUUUAUUUUCUUCACCACUGAAUCUGUAGGUGAACUUCUAGAGCCAUGUGGUCAUAUCAAACCUGAAUCUCCAGUUGUACAACUUGGUUCUAAUUUCACUGCAGUUUGUGUGCUAAAGGAAAAAUGCAUGGAUUAUUUUCAUGUAAAUGCUAAUUACAUUUUCUGGAAAACAAACCAUGUUACUGUUCCUAAAGAACAAUAUACCACCAUAAACAGAACAGCAUCUAGUGUCACAUUUACAGAUAUAUCUUUAUUAAAUAUUCAACUCACUUGCAACAUUCGUACAUUUGGACAGAUUGAUCAGAAUGUUUAUGGAAUCAGAAUAAUUUCAGGCUUGCCUCCAGAAAAACCUAAAAAUUUGAGUUGCAUUGUAAAUGAAGGAAAGAAAAUGAUGUGUCAGUGGGAUCCUGGAAGGGAAACAUACCUGGAAACAAACUUCACUUUAAAAUCUGAAUGGGCAACGGAGAAGUUUGCUGAUUGUAAAACAAAACGUGACACCCCUACCUCAUGCACUGUUGAUUAUUCUCCUGUGUAUUUUGUCAACAUUGAAGUCUGGGUAGAAGCAGAGAAUGCCCUUGGGAAGGUUACAUCAGAUCAUAUAAAUUUUGAUCCUGUAGAUAAAGUGAAGCCCAAUCCACCACAUAAUUUAUCAGUCAGCAACUCAGAGGAACUGUCUAGUAUCUUAAAAUUGACAUGGAUCAACUCAAGUAUUCAGAGUUUUAUAAGACUGAAAUAUAACAUUCAAUAUAGGACCAGAGAUGCCUCAACCUGGAGCCAGAUUCCUCCUGAAGAUACAGCAUCCAGUAGAACUUCUUUCACUGUCCAGGACCUUAAGCCUUUCACAGAAUAUGUGUUUAGGAUUCGUUGUAUGAAGGAAGAUGGUAAAGGAUUCUGGAGUGACUGGAGUGAAGAAGCCAGUGGGAUCACAUAUGAAGACAGACCAUCCAAGGCACCAAGUUUCUGGUAUAAGAUAGAGCCAUCCCAUACUCACAGCUAUAGAUCUGUGCAACUCAUAUGGAAGACAUUGCCUCCUUUUGAAGCCAAUGGAAAAAUUUUGGAUUAUGAAGUGACUCUCAUAAGAUGGAAAUCACGUUUACAGAAUUAUACAGUGAAUGACACAAAAUGGACAGUAAACCUCACAAAUGAUCGUUACAUAGCAACUCUGACAGCAAGAAAUCUGGUUGGCAAAUCAGAUGCAGCUGUUUUAACUAUCCCUGCCUAUAACUUUCAAGCUACUCGCCCGGUCACGGAUCUUAAAGCAUUUCCCAAAGAUAAUAUGCUUUGGGUAGAAUGGACUGCUCCAAAUGAAUCUGUAAACAAGUAUAUACUUGAGUGGUGUGUAUUAUCAGAUAAAUCGCCGUGCAUCCCAGACUGGCAACAAGAAGAUGGCACUGUACAUCGCACCUUUCUAAGAGGGAACCUAGCAGAGAGCAAAUGUUAUUUGAUAACAGUUACUCCAGUAUAUACUGAUGGACCAGGAAGCCCUGAGUCUAUAAAGGCAUACCUUAAACAAGCUCCACCUUCCAAAGGACCUACUGUUCGGACAAAAAAAGUGGGGAAAAAUGAAGCUGUCUUAGAGUGGGACCAACUUCCUGUUGAUGUUCAGAACGGAUUUAUCCGAAAUUAUACUAUAUUUUAUAGAACCAUCAUUGGAAAUGAAACUGCUGUGAAUGUGGAUUCCUCCCACACAGAAUAUACACUGUCCUCUUUGACCAGUGACACCUUGUACAUGGUACGAAUGGCAGCAUACACAGACGAAGGUGGAAAGGAUGGCCCAGAAUUCACUUUUACUACACCGAAGUUUGCUCAAGGAGAAAUUGAAGCCAUAGUUGUUCCUGUUUGCCUAGCAUUUCUAUUGACAACCCUUUUGGGAGUAUUGUUCUGCUUUAAUAAGCGAGACCUAAUUAAAAAACAUAUCUGGCCUAAUGUUCCAGAUCCUUCAAAGAGUCAUAUUGCCCAGUGGUCACCUCAUACACCUCCUAGGCAUAAUUUUAAUUCAAAAGAUCAGAUUUACUCAGAUGGCAAUUUCACUGAUGUAAGUGUCGUGGAGAUAGAAGCAGCAAAUGACAAAAAGCCUUUUCCAGAAGAUCUGAAAUCACUGGACUUAUUCAAGAAGGAAAAAAUCAGUACUGAAGGACACAGCAGUGGUAUUGGAGGUUCAUCGUGCAUGUCCUCCUCUAGGCCAAGCAUUUCUAGCAGUGAUGAAAAUGAGUCUGCCCAGAACACUUCAGGCACCGUCCAGUAUUCCACAGUGGUGCACAGUGGCUACAGACACCAGGUUCCAUCGGUCCAAGUCUUCUCAAGAUCCGAGUCCACCCAGCCCUUGUUAGAUUCUGAAGAACGGCCAGAAGAUCUACAGCUGGUAGAUAACACAGAUAGCAGUGUUGGCAAUUUGCCCAGGCAACAGUAUUUCAAACAAAACUGCAGUCAACGUGAAACCAGUCCAGAUAUUUCACAUUUUGAAAGGUCAAAGCAAGUUUCGUCAGUCAAUGAAGAAGAUUUUGUUAGACUCAAACAGCAGAUUUCAGAUAUUUCACAGUCCUGUGGAUCUGGGCAAAUGAAAAUGUUUCAAGAAAUUUCUGUAGCAGAUGCUUUUGGUCUACAUACUGAGGGACAGGUAGAGAGAUUUGAAACAGUUGGGAUGGAGGCUGCAGUUGAUGAAGGAAUGUCUAAAAGCUACUUACCACAAACUGUCAGACGAGGUGGCUACAUGCCUCAGUGAAAGACUGGUUCCUGUUAAAACUUCACCAGUACCUGUAAACUAAAGCUAACUUUAACUGUUAUUUCAGAGAAAAAUAAUCUUCGCUCGCUGAAGAUGAUCAUUUGCCCUUAAGGACAACAGUAAACUGUCCUCCCACAUGGGCUGUUUCCCUUCCAGAAUAUCUGGGAUUCUACUUUCAAGCACUACAUAAACUGACUUCAUCCUCUGAAUAGCUGAAUGAUUUUGUGCUGUUUCAGGAUGUUUGCACUGAAGAAAAACAGAAAGCUUGUCUGAAAUUUAUAAAGUAAAAUUUUCUGUAGCUAGACAACAGAUGGUCCUUA